AUGUACGCCGCCAAACCCAAACUGUCCCUGUGCAUCACCGCCGCGCAGACUGUUUCCCGACCGCUCAAGUCGCCGGGUGCACUUCCUCGCACUCCCAUCUCGCCAAUCUCAGCAGCUAGCCCGUCUAGCAAGAGAUUCUCGUCGCUGCAAGUGCCUUCUUAUUCAUACACGAACAACUGCUCGUCGAAAAGCAUCCUCAAGAAGCAGUCAGCGACGCGACCAAGCGCCCAAAAGAACAUCCAAUUCAAAGGCACUCCAACCGUCUACUGCGUGACACCUAUUGAGAACCCGGAUGAGUACUACGGCAAGCACACCAAGAUGACCCGCGAAGAGCGACGCUGGGCUGUGUAA